AAUAAAGGUUUGGCAGAACGCGUGGGUGAUAUUUCUGGAAGGAGCUGACUCGCUGAAGUACCACUAGCAAAGCCCACAGUCUACCAUUGCAAAGUAGCACUUCCACUCACACUGAGCGCAUUUAAACUUUUUAAAAACUGAUUGAUAAACAUUACGGGUAAAGAGUGAGCCUCUGAAAACAUGGCGGAAAGUGACUGGGAUACGGUGACUGUGCUGAGGAAGAAGGGCCCAACUGCUGCCCAGGCCAAGUCCAAGCAGGCAAUCACUGCUGCCCAGAGACGAGGGGAGGAUGUUGAGACAACCAAGAAAUGGUCUGCAGGGCAGAACAAGCAGCACCUUGUGACCAAAAAUACGGCCAAGCUGGACAGAGAGACAGAGGAGCUCCAUCAUGAGAGGGUUCCUCUGGAGGUGGGCAAAGUCAUUCAGCAAGGCAGACAGGAGAAGGGAAUGACCCAGAAAGACCUCGCCACUAAAAUUAACGAGAAGCCUCAAGUGAUUGCCGACUAUGAAAGCGGGAAGGCAAUACCCAACAACCAGGUCAUGGGAAAAAUUGAGAGAGUCAUUGGACGGAAGCUGCGUGGGAGAGAUAUUGGCCAACCCAUGGAGGCUAAAUCCAAGACAAAAUGAAGACAAAGCCUCGAAAUCAGCCCUCCCCUUCCCCCAUGUACCCUUAACUUAAACCUGAAUCCUUUGUCAACCUCCCCCACCUCCAUUCCCCUUGUCCUCCAUCCAAUCCUCUCCCUUACCUGGGCUGAUCUCACCUGUGUCCUGCCCGAGGACCUGGUGAUCAACUGUACCACUUGCUGUGUACAAAUGGGGUCAUCUGCAACACUCGAUAAACCAACAUGAUUGAAUGCUUUUUUUUUUUUUUUUUUUUCUCAGUAUCACAGAUUUAAAGAUCAGUGAAUUUCUUUUCACCUUUUAGACUUUAGCAUGACGCCGUUAAGUCAUUCAGAAGGUGAUUUUUCUUUUUUAUGAUCAAAUAAAUCUGACUAACUUUCAAAUCUGAGCAUGUUGUUAAACCACAAGUGCUUGAUCGCAUCUUUUUUUUUCACACUUUUAAGACAACUUGGUGGAUGUUAAUACCAUGUUUAAGAUGUUUUAAUGCUGUUCUGUUUUGGUUUAAAUAAAAUAAAAUUUAGCAGUUGAA